CAUCAACGGGUAAAUUUGAACACAUUUUUGGAUGUGAUGCUGGCCGAUCCGUGCCCACCAUGUCUAAUGUGGCUGCCAUUGUUGCAUCGAAUGGCCAGUGUUGAACACGUCUGUCAUCCUGUUGUUUGUGACGCUUGUCAGGUCCGGUCAUUCACUGGUUUCCGUUACAAAUGCCAACGUUGUACAAAUUACCAGCUAUGUGAGCAGUGCUUUUGGCGUGGUCGAACGAGCUCAACACAUUCCAAUGAGCAUGAAAUGAAGGAAUAUUCCAGUUAUAAAUCACCAACAAAGCAGUUGGCGCAUUCCAUUCACAAGUCAUUGCGCUGUGUGCCGAUGCCCAAUCGCAGCACGCAUCCAAUAUUUCCUGAACGACCGGAGCGCCCUCUCGAUCUGGCCAACAUCGUGCCGAUGACGCCGACAACAAGCAGACGACGACCCAGCGAAGUGAUGAAUGAUUGGACAAGCCAGAUGCUGCCCGGGCAGUAUCCAUACCCAUCUGUACUGCCGAAAGACCGAUCAGCAAACGUGGAGGAAAACGUGAACGAGAGGACACUAAUAGCACGGCUUGAGGAGGAAAAUGGCGAAAUGAUGCGAGAAAUGGAAAUGCUCAAGCAGCAACAGGAGCUGGAAAAUACGGAUGAGCAACUGGAUGGUUUACGUGAACGGAAGGCGCAGCUGGAAGAUAAAAUGCGUGUCAUGCAACAAACACGGCGGCAACUUAUGCAGCAGCUCGAAGUGCUUAUGUCUGAGCUCAAUGUAAGCUAUUUCUGUCAUGUAAUGGAUUCCCUCUGA